CCCUGAGGGAGUGGGGCUGCAUUGACGGCUGUGCGGUGCUGCAUUCCCAUGGGGGAGCAGUGGGUAAUGGGGCACUGCGGCCCUGUUGUCCCCUGUAUGGGGGAUGCUGUCCUGCCCACAGGGCCGUACACAGGCUGGGGGCUCACCCCUCUUUGCCCUCCCCCUUUUUUCCAGCCUAUGUCCUGCCCAAGCUGUACGUCAAGCUGCACUACUGCGUCAGCUGUGCCAUCCACAGUAAGGUGGUGAGGAACCGCUCACGGGAGGCCCGCAAGGACCGGACCCCCCCGCCCCGCUUCAGGCCAGCGGGCGCAGCCCCCCGGCCUCCCCCCAAGCCCAUGUAAGGAGAAGACAUCUGGAAACGUCCCUGGGCUGAAAAUGUCCCUGAGUUCAGUCUGAAUAAAGGACUUGAGACCAAA